UUUGCAGGAAAAAGAACAUAUUAACCUCACACCAUAUGAAAAGAACCUUGAAAUUUGGAGGCAACUUUGGAGAGUAAUUGAACGUAGUGAUAUUAUAGUUCAAAUUCUUGAUGCCCGAAAUCCACUUUUGUUCCGUUGUUCUGACCUUGAAACAUAUGUGAAGGAAGUAGACGAGAAAAAAAUUAAUGUGUUGCUGCUAAAUAAAGCUGAUUUUCUGACUGAACAGGAAAGAAAGUGCUGGUGUAAAUAUUUCGAAGAAGCUGGAAUUCGGAUAGCAUUUUUUUCUGCUUUGCAGCAAAUAAAAAAGGCUUCAAAGGAUAACAGUAUAAAACAGACUGCAUCUGAUGAUUCUUCAACUGAAAAAGCCAUUCCUUCCAUUUUAACUAAAGAAGGCAUUUCUGGUAUUUCUUCCACUUCAGUAGAAAAAGACAUUUCAUCCACUUCAGCUGAAGAAGACAUUUCUUCUAUGUCGACUGAAGAAAACACCUUUUCUGCAUCAACUGAGGAAAAUGUUUCUCACACUUUGACUGAAGAAGCCAUUUCUUCAAACAAAAUAGAAAACAGUCCAAAUAUUUUGUGCCAAGAUGGGCUUAUUUCAUUUUUUAAAUCCAUUGGUAAAUCCAUUGAAAAAAGUAAUCCUGUGUUAAAUGUUGGCUUUGUUGGUUAUCCAAACGUUGGCAAGAGUAGUACAAUAAAUGCUAUCCUCAUGAGCAAAAAGGUUUCAGUUUCUCGUACUCCUGGGAAAACAAAGCAUUUUCAGACACUUUUUGUAGAUAAAGACCUUUGCCUGUGUGAUUGUCCUGGUUUAGUAUUUCCAAAUUUUGUGUCUACCAAAGCUGAAAUGGUUGUUAAUGGUAUACUACCUGUAGAUGAAUUGAGCCAUUGGGUUGAACCAAUAUCACUGGUUACUAAUUUAAUCCCACGGAAUAUUCUUGAGUCUACAUAUUCUGUAAUGCUGCCUUCUCCUGCUGAAGGUAAAGAUAUCAAUAGUCAACCCACAGCUGAAGAAUUUUUAGAUGCCUAUGGAUAUAACAGAGGAUAUAUGACUCAAAGAGGACUGCCAAAUAAUGCACUUUCUGCUCGUCAUAUAUUGAAGGAUUUUAUUGAUGGAAAAAUUCUGUAUUGUUAUGCACCACCUGGAAUAAAACAAGAGGAUUAUCAUAAAUUCCCUGAUGUUCGACCUGUGAAGUCUGUGCAAAAUACAGCAAAAGAAAGAAACUAUUUUAGUGAAGAAGAAAAAAUGUUCUUCAGCAAGCAGUCAGAAGUACAUAUUAAAGGGAAAAAACAUGAAAUGCAACUUGAUUCUAAAGGCAGACCAUCAAAAUAUCACAACAAUAAGAAUAAACAUCAGAAACUUAAAAAGAAGCAUAAAGAGCCAAUGUAUUAAUCUUAAUAAAUAUUCAACACAAAUUAUACACUUGAAUUUAUAUAUUGUAAAUUAUGUAUGUCAAUUGUUUUGUAUUAUUGAUAUAAAAUAUUUCUUAUUUUAA